AAUUUCGCUUGUUUUUACAACGUAGGAAUUUCUUCACGUUAGAAAAUUGUACAGUAAAUCUUUUUGUCUUUUACGCUGGGUGGGUCUUUCAAGAAGAAGAAGAGCGUAAUUUUAAGCUUAUGCUGGCUUGUGCAUAUUUUUCCAUUUGUAAUAGCGUGGUUAAUAAAUAAUAACAUGUCCGGCAAAAAACAUCAAGCAUUUCAAGGAAAAGAAUGCUUUAGUCGAAUGAAUUUUCUCUAUCAAGCAUCCAUGUUGAUGGCAGGCAGGAACAACACUUUAGCUGCUUACUAUGGCCAGCUGUGUCGGAACAUUGGCAAAAAAGCUGUGCUUAGGAUUGAUCCGGACUUAAAACGACAGUUUUGCAAGCGUUGCUCCCUUGCGUUGCAGCCGGGUAUCACCGCUGAUUUGAAUGCACUCUCUCGUCGGAGGCGUCGAAAAUCUGCAAAGAUUGCAGAAGACAUUGAUGAAAACACGAGCUUGCAGUUGACAUGUCGCCAGUGUGGAUUUAGGCGUCAGUAUGUAGUAAAUCCGGAUCAUAAAUUCUGGUUGGAGAACGACGAGUCUGUGGUGGAAUCUAUUACUGUUGGAAAUGAAAAUACGGAACAUAAACAAAACUAGCAUAUUGCAACAACGCCUUUAGGAAAAAUUAACAACUUGUAUAAGAAAAUGGACGCUUACUACACAAAUUCUACAACGUGAACUAAAAUUUAAACUGCACUUCGGGAUAUUUAAGCUUUCAUACAUAUAUCGCAGAGAAUAAUUUCUAAUAAGGCAAAUAUGCUAAAAUAAAGUACAUACUUUUAUUU